AUGUCUAGCCAAGGUAAUGAUACAUCUAGUGCCAAUGCACCCCCUCAUGAUGAUAGAGAAAGUAUACCGAGGUUAUUAAUAACGCCUCCAUCGUUGACACCUACUUCAAUACUACCUCCGUCUAUUAGUCAACCGACUUUGGCAGUCAACUUAGAAAAUGUCAGUAAUGGUAUCAUAAAAGCAAUUGAUUAUUCAAAUAGUACUCCAGAUCAAUUACUUAGCUCAGGACCUAAAUUAUCUGUCGUAAGUAGUGAAUCGUCUGAAUAUGGAGUUCGAAGUCCUAUCAGUCAAGAGGAAUAUGAAAACUUGACCGAUCAUUUCACUGAUGAAUAUGAUGAUAAUGACAAUACUGAAGACAAUGAAGAAUUACAAAAUCUAAUCAGUGAUAUAAUACGGUAUGAACAUAGUCAUUCCAUUAACUUGGAUCAUAAUAAUAAACUAAUGUCUGAAUCAUCUUAUCUUGAUUUCAAUAUUUUCCCAAACCAUGAUUCAAUAACCGAUGAAUUAGAGUAUUACAAUAAGUAUAUCAAACUAAGCAAAACAAAUAAUGAAGAAGAAUUCCAUGAUAAAUUAAAGCACUUUUUUAUAUUUUCUAUGGCUGGUAAACCAAUUUAUAGUUUUAAUGGUGCUGACGAACUUGUUAUGGGAUAUGCCGGUAUUUUAACGACUAUCAUAUCUACAUUUGAAGAAAAUAUUAAUGAAGAAAUCAAAUCAAUUACAGUGGGGGAUAACUUAAAAAUAGUGGCUAUAAAUAGAAAUCCAUUGGUUCUUGUUUCCAUAUCUUCUAUAAGUUAUGAAUUGAUGUCAUUUUCUAAGAAUGAUGUUGGUUUGGAAAUUCCAGAUGAUACUGAACAAGAGAUUAAAGAUACAGAUAACGACCAUACAUUACGAAACAACCAAGAUUUAAUUCUCAUAAAUCAAUUAAACACCUUAUACAACUAUUUGCUUUCAAUUCUUUCAAAGCCUGUCAUAGAGAAGAAUUUUAUGAAUAGAAUGAAUUAUGACUUACGAAGAAUAUUAACUAGUUUGGAUUUUGAUAAUAUAGAUGCUUUGUGCAUGAGAUUGAGUUAUGGGUUACCAAUUACAGAAGAAAUUGAAAAUAACUUGUUGGAUACAUCAAGUUUUGAUUUCUUUAUUAGUGAAUUAUUGGAUUCAUCAAUUCAAAGUAUUAAAAUUACAAACACGACAAGAACAAGACUCAAUAAAAUCUUAUUAGCAAGUAAAAAAUUAAAGGUAAAGCAACAGCAAAUAUCUUCAACAGAAACAGGUUCCACUGCAGGAACUAUUUCAUCAUAUUUCCCAUCAGUAGGAGGGUCAACUUUAGUAGAAGAAAAGUUUUUAGGUGAUGAUUUAUUGUUUUCGUUGUUGGCUACCUCCCAUAACAACAAAAUAUUAAGUUAUAUGAAACCUAAGAAUCACUCCUUAUCAAAUGAUGAUCUUAAGUUGCUUUUGAAUGUUAUUCAUUCUAGUCAAAACUCAUUGGAUUAUACUGAAGAUUUAUGGAUUCCACUUUGUCUCCCCAAUUUCAAUCCAAAUGGGUUUUUGUAUGUGUUUGUCAAACAGAUCAAUUUAUCCGAUUAUUUCAAAUCAGGAAUAGUAGUACAGCCAUUAACUAUAAUAUUGAUUAGUAGUAAUAAGAACUCCUUUUACCAGAUGCAAGAGAUUUCCAACUAUAUUAUUUAUAUGAUUAUCAAGGAUGAAGCAGUGUUAAAUACGCUUGCCCAGGAAUUGAUAAACUCAAGUAGAUUAUCGAUCAUAAAGGAUAUAAAUGUGCCAUCCAUCAAACAUUUCAUUUACAAAUCAAAGAAGUGUAAUCAAUUUAUUAUGAAUGAUUUAAUUCAUUUCAAUAACGAUCGGAGUAUGAAUAGUUUACUACAAUUGGUGUAUUUCUAUUCAGUCCUCCAUAACACGAAAGCAGUCAAGAUUAAGAGUAGAUUAAAGUCAACUUACAAUCAAUCAACUUCAUCCAAUAAUCAAACGUCAUCUUCAUCAAGCUUUCAAAAUAAAAAGUUAACAUAUGCGAAAUGGACUUUACAAGAUAAUUCAGUGACAGGUUUUAUGUUAGCUGAUAAUGAAUAUGAAUUCUAUUGUUUAAGCAAUUCACUGAUAAAAUCGAAUGACUUAAUAAAUCAUAGUCUAAAGAUCAUAAAAUGGUGUGAAAAGAACCAGAAGCGUUUAUUUUUUGGUUCAGGAGUAGUAUUUUAA